UAUAGUACACUGAUGUGACUCCCACCUAGCAUGACGGCUAUCCGUGGGGGGAAAAAAACCUGUUAAUUAAGUGCGUAAUCUUGAUUCGAGUCUGGAGAUAUUUUUAUAUUUGAUGUGGACACCUCCUCCGCUUCUGGUCACCACAUCCGGUGAGUUGCAGGCUUAAACCUGGAAUGCCCGUGGGGAUGGAUCCCCUGGGUGCUCGCUCCCAGUUUGUGGACAUCCAGACCCUCCCCACGUGGCAGCAGCUGGGAGAGGAUGGAGAGUGCAUUCCGCAUGAUCUGAGUGACAGCCUGCUCAGCCAGCAAUCCUUCCCCUCGCCCUUCCCCUUCAGGCCUGACAUCAACCGCAAAAUCAUCCUCUUCAAUGGCGACGUAGCACUGCUGAACUGUACCGCCAUCACUAACACCAGCAAUGAACUUCUUAAUGACAAGAACCCUAUAUCGGAGCGCAUCCAUCAGCUGGCAGGGCCCGAGCUAAAAGACGAGCUACUCAAACUUAAAGGAUGUCGCACAGGAGAGGCGAAGCAUACAAAAGGCUUCAACCUGGCAGCGAGGUUCAUCAUACACACAGUCGGACCAAAGUACAAAGCCAAGUACCGAACAGCGGCAGAGAGCUCGCUAUACAGCUGUUACAGAAACAUCCUGCAGUUGGCCACGGAACAGUCGAUGGCAUCAAUUGGUUUCUGUGUGGUGAGCACCGCCAAACGAGGAUACCCCCUGGAGGACGCCACACACAUCGCAUUCCGAACAGUCCGUAGAUUCCUGGAGAAGCAUGGAAGCAGCAUAGAGGCAGUAGUAUUUGCUGUGUCUGAUACAGAAGAGGCGGUGUACAUGAAAUUGCUUCCACUCUACUAUCCUCGCUCUGAGGAGGAGGAGAGGUUGUGCCUUCCCCUCGUACCGGCCGACAUUGGAAAUUCCGAGGGUGAGCCUGUGGUGCCCGAGAGGCAGAUCCGAAUCGCUGAGAAACCGGGAAGCCUGGAAGAUGAUUCGGAGGAUGACAAUUUGGAAUCCGAUCUGGGUCAGGUGGGCAAUCACGCCUUUGCCCGCAUGGAGGGUGAUGUGGACAAGCAACGGAAGCUGAUCCUACAGGGUCACAUGUCGGAGGUUACCAUGCAAAAGCAGCACCAGAGGAACUACAACCGAUGGUUGUGUCGAGCCAGAGCAGAGGACCUGUCGGACAUCGCUGCUUUGAAAGCAUUAUAUCAGACAGGUGUGGACAUGUGUGGCAGGACGGUGAUGGUUGUAGUGGGAAGAAAUAUUCCAGUAACCAUUAUCGACCUUGAGAAGGCUCUGCUGUAUUUCAUCCAUGUGAUGGAUCACAUUGCUGUAAAGGAAUAUGUAAUGGUUUACUUCCACACGCUGACAGGUGAACACAACCACCUGGACGCAGAAUUUCUCAAGAACCUUCACGACAUCGUCGAUGCCAAGUUUAAGAAGAAUUUAAAGGCCUUCUACUUUGUGCAUCCAACAUUUCGCUCCAAGGUGUCCACUUGGUUCUUCACCACCUUCAGCGUGUCUGGCAUGAAGGAUAAAGUGCGGUACCUUGACAAUCUGCAGCAACUCUUCACCUGUGUCAGGCCUGAGCAGAUUGACAUCCCGCCUUUUGUGCUGGACUACGACGCACGGGUGAACGGACGUCCCCAAUCUUCCGGUCUGUGACCAGUCAUAGCAUCGAUGAAGGUGAAAGCCAUUUAAGAACAUUUCGGGUACACAGCUGCCUCCCUCUUCUUGAGGGACUGAUAUACAUCUUGAAGGGACUUUACCUCAGUUAUGUAGUCACCUUGUUGGUGGUUCUUGUAUGGCUUCCUCAUCCUGUGAUCACCUGGAGGUUCACUAUUCGAAAUGACUCAAAGUUAUUAAUGUAAUCCGGUGGUAGUCAUUAAGCUGGAAGACGUCUGCGCCUGAUGAGAUUACAUGAUUACAUGAGAUUCAGAAAAUUUACUGAUUUUUUGGGGAACUGACCACAACCCCGUCAGACUGCGAGAGCAGCAAUAGUUGAUGUCAGGAAUGUCCACACAGGAGCGCUGAAUUUUUCUGUUUUAAAGUCUUCUAUCAAAAGCUUUACAUUAAUAGGUACAUUUUUAUGGAUUGACAGUUUUCUCACCUCAUUUGUUUUGUUGCACAUUAUCUUAGUUUAAUCACAAAGUAUCACCAAUCGUCACCAAACUUUCACUUAAUCGAGCAUGGUUAUAGUCCACAACCAAAAAUGAAGACCUAAUGACAUUUUUCUACAAUUUUAAGAUGAGGUAACGUCCAAUGAAUUAGUCAGAUUUUAGUGCUCUUUGUGGAGGAGUUUCAUCACUAAUACGUCAGCUCCAAGUAGCUUCCAAGCCUCCUGAAUGUCAUCCUGGCUGCUUCAGAGCUGCUUUUCUGAUUCUGUCAACAUGAUGUCGCUUUGCUUCAGAGUUUAUACAUAUGAGGUAAUUCUUGUUUUUUUUUCGAUGACACAUUUGUUCACUUUAUUUACCGUUUUGCACAUGCACAAGCGCAUUAUCUUCCAAUGUUGCCAAUGGAGAGAAGUUGAUUAAUUGCAAAAUGAAAAAUACAGAAGUACACUUUUAAUGCAUUCCUCUCAUUGUUUUAUGAUCACAGGUGGCAAACACAUUUGCAAAUGCAAAUAUAGGUGGACACAUAACCUUUCCACUGCUUAACUCUUAAGACUGAAGUCACCAGGAUUUGUUCUUUCUUUGGAAAUUUGACAAAGAUAUUUAGGGUUUCCCCCCCAAAAUGUGAAAUAUGUUGGAAGCAUCGUUGAUUUUUCACGCCUAAUAUUGCGAAACAUGAGACAAAUUGCCUACUUGUAAUGUAUUUCUUUUAAAAAAUGUUUUAUGUCAUUUUACUCUGUUAAUUAUAACUUUUUUUUUUUA